AUGGCGUUCCCAGGUGCCAGCAGUCUGGCCAGGACUCUGCUCGUCCGGCUCAGCCGACCAGCCGUCCACCCGCCGCCCUUCUUCACCCCGACCCACCUCGCUCGCCGACACUCGCUCGCCACCUUCACCCCUUCGUACCGCCCUGCGACCCUCGUCCGGCCAUCCGAACCCUUCCUCGCCCUCCGCCACGCCUUCCGCCCGGCCAGCGCCGCUCCACCCUCGUCGCAGCGCACCUUCUCCUCGUCGGCUCUCCUCCGCGGCAUCCGCCCUUACUACGGCCGAGGAGGCGGUGGAAGCUCGUACGGUCGGCGCCGAGACCCCAGCUGGCGCGACAGGAUCGACGCGGUCCCCGGGCAAUAUCUCGUCUACGGCCUCAUCGCGGUCAACGUCGGCGUGUACGGCGCGUGGCAGUACGGCAACGAGCUCGCGCUCCGGUUCCGCGACGCCUCGUGGCUCAAGUUCCUCCAGCGCAACUUUACCGUCUCGUGGCAGAACAUCACGAGCGGCCGCGUGUGGACGCUCGUCACGUCGGCCUUCUCGCACGAGGGGACGGGCCACAUCCUCGUCAACAUGCUCUCGCUUUACUUCAUGGCGCCCGCCGUCAUGGCCAUCCUCGGCAACACUGCGUUCCUCGGCCUGUACCUCUUUGCCGGCGUCACCGCCUCGGCGUUCUCCCUCGUCGUCAACCACUUUGUGACCAAGAACCCGUUCUACGCCGCGCACGGCGCGAGCGGCGCAACGUACGGCGCCAUUUCCUUUUUCGCGUGCGCGUUCCCGCGCACGACGUUCCUCCUCUUCUUCGUCGUGCCCGUCCCGGCGUGGCUGUGCGUCUCGGGCAUUUUUGCGUGGGACGUGUACAACGGCUUGUGGAGGAGGGGCGGCAUGACCGACUCGGCGGGCCAUGUCGGCGGCGUUCUCGCCGGCGUGCUCUUCUUCCUGCGCAAGGCCGGUCGGAUGUAGCGCACGUCCCUCGCCUUCUCGCCCUCUCGCCUCCCCUGCCCUCCUCGCCACCAUCCCUCGCAUUCUCGACCACCUCGCACAAGUCGUGUCCCCUGUACCUCCUCGUCGCAGCACGUUCUCGUCCCUCGCCCUCUCCUUUGUCUCGUCCUCUGCUCUCCCCCUUCCUGCUCCCCCCUUGUUGUCGUCCUCGCACCUCUCCUCCUCUAGCCCCUCGCACAGCUAUACAGUCGAGCAUCAUGCACGACCCCGGUC